AUGGUUUGGAUACGAAACUUGUUCCGCUCAGGAAGUGUUUCCAGGGCAGAAGGAACGGUUUGCGGAAGUUCGAUAUUGAAUGUCGCAUUUUAUUGGGUAAAUUCGAUAAUCACGGUCCGCGGCGGAAGAGAAAUGUGCAUUGGAUUGCCGAUGAUGGCCUGCUCAUAUUUAAGUGCAACGAGUUUUAAGCCUGAACCCUCGGCAAGUUCCUGGACGCCCCCGCGUGGAGAGCCAGGCCAGAGUGCCUUCAGACUUGAACCAGAAACGGACAUGGAGCCAGCCCUCGACCUUACAACAUCGUUGAAGCCCAAGCCACCCAUCGAUGACUCCGAGUGA